UCGCGAUAUCCCCAACCCCACGGGGUCAUUGCGCCUAGCUUCAUCACCGGCCUUUCUAAUCCUUGACUAAUUGAGCGCCAUCGGCCCUCUUCCAUGAUGCCAUGCCGAAUGUAGUCGACAGCGAGCCGCAUGAUGACGAAAAUACCGCUAUAUGGAUACAUGCCGAGAUAAUCUAAUUUUCAACAGGCCUAGAGACAAACGGUGAAGAGAUUAUCCGUGCAGAAACCAUGUACUUCUUAUACUGUGGCUGUCCCCAGAGUUUGGAGAGUUACAGUCGGUCAAACUCAAUUCAAGAUGCCAUCUACCACCGUCUUCCUGGCUGCUAGUGCAGCAGUCAGCUAUGCUUUCGCGCAGACUGUACCCGAGUCUGCGCAGAUCGUCGACCAGAAGAGCUUCAAUGUUCUGCCAAAUGUCCCACCGCCUUCCGGAGCUAAUGCUUCAACGCUGUUUGUUUGGCCCGGUGUAACCGAAGAGUCUCUAUCAGCCAAGCCCUUCCACAUCUAUGAUGAGGAAUUCUACGAUGUCAUUGGUGACAGCCCUUCGUUGACCACCAUUGCAACCUCAGAGUCGGACCCCAUCUUCCAUGAGGCUGUCACUUGGUACCCUCCGACUGAGGAAGUUUUCUUCGUCCAGAAUGCUGGUGCUCCUGCCGCGGGCACCGGACUGAACAAGUCUUCCAUUAUCCAGAAGAUCAAGCUUUCGGAUGCCGAGAAAGUGAGGAAUGGAACCCUCGAGGCAGUUCCCGUGACUGUGGUCAACACCUCCAACCCACAGGUUAUUAACCCCAAUGGUGGCACUAACUGGAAGGGCAACAUUAUCUUCGCUGGUGAGGGCCAGGGUGACAACGUGCCAUCCGCGUUGUAUGUUAUGAACCCUCUGCCACCGUACAACACGACCACUCUUGUGAACAACUACUUUGGUCGCCAGUUCAGCUCGCUCAACGACUUGGUCGUUAACCCAACAAACGGUGAUUUGUACUUCACCGACACUCUUUACGGAUACCUCCAGGACUUCCGUCCUUACCCCGGUAUGCGAGAGCAGGUGUACCGCUACAACUUCGACACUGGUGCGCUGACCGUUGUCGCCGAUGGUUUCGGCCACCCCAACGGAAUCACUAUCUCGCCUGAUGGCAAGAAGGCCUAUGUCUCCGAUACUGGUGUUGUAGGCGGAUUCUACGGUCUUAACCUGACUGCUCCUGCGUCGAUCUACUCAUACGAUGUCAGCGAGGACGGCACCUUCGACAACCGCAAGACCUUCGCUUACGUCCCCGCUUUUAUCCCUGACGGUGUACACGCUGAUUCCAAGGGUCGCGUUUACGCUGGUGCCGGUGACGGUGUAUGGGUCUACAACCCUUCUGGCAAGCUUAUCGGCAAGAUCUACACUGGCGUGACAGCGGCUAACUUCAAGUUCGCGGGAGAGGGACGCAUGGUCAUUACCGGACAGACCAAGCUGUUCUACGCCACUGUGGCCGCAUCUGGCGCACCUAUUCAGUGAUCAAUGGAACUUCCAACGUCGCUGCUUAGUUGAUUACUGAGCUGAUACCAUAAUGUGUUACACUGCACAAUUAGACAAGUAAUGUAAUUUGAAAUGCCAGA